ACGCAAAAAGGAGUCUGUUCUGUACACACGUGCAGUAACACGCCGGAAACCUAACCUCGUUUUUUUAAAAAACACAAUAUCUUAGCUACGCGAUUACAAACGAACUGGGCCCAUAACCUAUUGUUGAUUAAAACAAUGACACUAAGAGAAAAGUUUAAUAAAAAAGAUUACACAACUGAGAAAAAUAUAUCUACUUGUACAUAACACGAAAGUUGGCAUGGAAGUGAAGUGCAUUAACAGGAAGUUGCAGAGCCAACCUAAAAUAAGCAAAACAAAGGUUACCAACACAAGAAUAUUUUGAUCAAUAUUUUCGCCACCUUUAACAAAUUUUCAUCUAUCAGUUAUUCGUAAUGCCUAAUUUCAUUUUUCAGAUCCAUCUAUGUUAGUAAAUGUUGCUCAAGAGUUUGUAACAUAUCCAGUAGAAACUGUCGAGAUUGUAAAAGAAUUUGAAGAAAAUGGGAACAAUGAGGCUGACCUACCUAUGGAAGAUCGAAGAAUGUGGACAGAUGAUAGCACACGAAUUUUAAUUGAACUGUACCAGAAGUUCAAUGAAGAAUUUAAUUCUGGAAUAAAAAAAUUUGUGUGGAAUAAAAUUGGAAGUCAUAUAUCACAAGUUGUCGGAAUGACAAUUACAGGAGUGCAAUGCGAUACUAAGUGGAAAGGGUUGGUAAAACAAUAUAAAAGCAUUAAAAAGCACAAUGACACAUCAGGAAAUGAUACAAAAUAUUGGAAGUUUUAUGCAUGCAUGGAUGAAAUUUUGUUUAAUAAGCCUGAAAUAAAUGCAGUAGCCACUUGCAGUAGUUCCAGAGGGUUGAAAGAGUUCUUAGAGACCAACUUACAACAUGAAACUACGAGGAACAACACACCUUCUCCAUCUACAUCUAGGUGCAGUACUCCUGUAUCUAAUAGGAAUAAACCGUUGAAAAGGAAAGUAAGUGAAAACGCUUAUGAAAGAAGACACAAAGAAAAAUUGGAACGCCAGGACCGAUUUUUAAAUAUAUUUGAAAAACUUGUGGACAAAUUGGGUACUGACGCAAAUCACUGCAACAAUUGUGUUGGUGAUAAAGAAAAUUAAAAUGUAACCAAAUGUUUUGAAUUGUACGUUUUUCAUUUUUUUAUA